AUUGCAGAGAUGAAGCUGCUCCCGGCCCUGGCGGGGGUCCUAGCCACACUCAUCCUGGCCCAGCCCUGUGAGGGCACAGCCCCAGCCUUCUCUGGGGCGGUGGACACCUCAGUCCUUCAGAGCUGCAUAACAAAGGCCAAGUUGCUGGUGGAUUCUGCCUACAAUCAGACUGAGAGGAGCAUCAAGCAGCGCCUUCGCAGUGGCUUGGCCAGCCCCAUGGACCUUCUGUCCUACUUCAAACAGCCAGUAGCAGCCACCAGGACAGCUGUGAGGGCUGCUGAUUAUAUGCACGUGGCCUUGGGGCUGCUGGAGGAGAAGCUGCAACUCCAGGAGUCCAGAUCCUUCAAUGUCACUGACGUGCUAACGGCACCCCAGCUGCGGCUGCUGUCCCAGGCCAGUGGCUGCGCCGUCCGGGAUGAGGCUGAGCAGUGCAGCAACAAGUACCGCACCAUCACCGGGAGAUGCAACAACAGGAGGAGACCCUUGCUGGGGGCCGCCAACCAGGCCCUGGCUCGCUGGCUGCCAGCCCAGUAUGAGGACGGGGUGUCGCUCCCCUUCGGCUGGACCCCCGGCAAGAGGCGCAACGGCUUCCUCCUCCCUCUUGUCCGGGCCGUCUCCAACCAGAUCGUGCGCUUCCCCAGCGAGAGGCUGACCUCCGACCGGGGCCGGUCCCUCAUGUUCAUGCAGUGGGGCCAGUUCAUCGACCACGACUUGGACUUCGCCCCCGAGUCCCCAGCCAGGGUGGCCUUCACUGCAGGCGUUGACUGUGAGAGGACCUGUGCCCAGCUGCCUCCCUGCUUCCCCAUCAAGAUCCCGCCCAACGACCCCCGCAUCAGCAACCAGCGUGACUGCAUUCCCUUCUUCCGCUCGGCACCCGCCUGCCCCCGAAACAGGAACAAAGUCCGAAACCAGAUCAACGCGCUCACCUCCUUCGUAGAUGCCAGCAUGGUGUACGGCAGCGAGGUCUCCCUUGCCCUGCGGCUGCGCAACCGGACCAACCACCUGGGGCUGCUGGCCGUCAACCAGCGCUUCCAGGACAACGGGCGGGCCCUGCUGCCCUUCGACAACCUGCACGAUGAUCCCUGCCUCCUCACCAACCGCUUUGCGCGCAUCCCCUGCUUCCUGGCAGGUGAUACCCGGUCAACGGAAACCCCCAAACUGGCAGCCAUGCACACCCUCUUUGUGCGAGAGCACAACCGGCUGGCUACUGAGCUGAGACGCCUGAACCCCCGGUGGACUGGAGACAAGCUGUACCAGGAGGCCCGCAAGAUCUUGGGGGCCAUGGUCCAGAUCAUCACCUACCGGGACUUUCUGCCUCUGGUUCUGGGCCAGGCCAGGGCCAGCAGAACCUUGGGCCCCUACCGGGGGUACCGCUCCAAUGUAGACCCCCGGGUGGCCAACGUCUUCACCCUGGCCUUCCGUUUCGGCCACACCAUGCUCCAGCCGUUCAUGUUCCGCCUGGACAGCCAGUACCGGGCCUCGGCGCCCAACUCACGGGUCCCACUCAGCUCUGCCUUCUUCGCCAGCUGGCGAAUCGUGCACGAAGGUGGCAUCGACCCCAUCCUCCGAGGCCUCAUGGCCACCCCUGCCAAGCUGAACCGUCAAGACUCCAUGUUAGUGGAUGAGCUACGGGACCGGCUAUUUCGGCAAGUCAGAAGGAUUGGGCUGGACCUGGCGGCCCUCAACAUGCAACGCAGCCGCGAUCACGGCCUCCCAGGGUACAACGCGUGGAGGCGCUUCUGCGGACUCUCCCAGCCCCGGAAUCUGGCGCAGCUUAGCCAGGUGCUGAAUAACCGGGAUCUGGCACGGAAGUUCCUGACUCUGUACAGGACACCUGACAACAUUGACAUCUGGAUUGGGGCCAUCGCCGAGCCUCUUCUGCCAGGGGCCCGAGUGGGGCCUCUUCUGGCCUGUCUUUUUGAGAACCAGUUUACAAGAGCCCGAAACGGAGACAGGUUCUGGUGGCAGAAACGGGGUGUUUUCACCAAGCGCCAGCGCCAGGCCCUUCGCCAGAUUUCCUUGUCUCGAAUUGUGUGUGACAAUACUGGUAUCACCACUGUUCCAAGGGACAUCUUCAAGGCCAACACCUACCCCCUGGGCUUUGUGAACUGUAACUCCAUCCCCAGACUGAACCUGUCAGCCUGGAGAGGCACAUGAGGCUUCUGCAGGUAAGGGGAGGCCCCCCUGCGACAGCCCUGUGCUAGGUCAGGCCCGCACAUCCUUCCUUGGACAGGAUGGCCGAGUCCUCUCAGGCCUCUAAGCAGAACAACAGACCUUGUCUCUAGAGAUUUUUUCCUGGUGGACACUAGCUUCUGGGCUGACAAGUUAAUUCCAGGGCGCUGGGACUUUGGGGAGCAAUCAGGAAGGCUCCAACACCCUAAAAGCAGCUCCAUGUCUGGAUAUCCAGCAAGUUCCUUACUUGCCCACCUGUGCCACUUCCGCAGGAGUCCAUCGGAGCCUCCGGCCUUGGAGACAGGGGAACCUGGGGAAGACCACAAGGCUACCUUCUCCCCUGGGGCCACCGUUUCCUGCUGAUGCUUUUGCUGGCUAUCGCUCAGAGCUGGUUCUUUGGGAGUGACGGCCGGGCUCCCAGCAGCACUGAACCCUCCUCCUAACGGAGCCUCUUACCUAUUAGGUUGCACAUCGGCUCCAGGUGCAAGGCCUUGUGAACCAAACAAGGGGCCUUCAGGACCUCGCAAGAAGAGUCAUCUGGAAGGUUUCCAGCCACUUUCUUCUAUUUCCCAGCCUGUCCCUGACCCCUGCCUAUGACGGGGGCCACAGAGUCCCAGCCUCUAGCCACUCCACCCAUGGUCUUUCCCUGGAGCCUGCAGGUGGGCAGCACACUCUGCUUCUACCAAUAAAGCACCGCUGAGGGCA